CGCCCGCCUCGGCACAACAUGGCGAUGCACAACAAGGUGGCGCCACUGCAGAUCCCAGACACCCGGCGAGAGCUGGCGGAGCUCGUGAAGUGGAAGCAGGAGCUUGCGGAAACACUGGCAAACUUGGAGAGACAGAUCUAUGCUUUUGAAGGAAGCUACCUGGAAGACACUCAGAUGUAUGGCAACAUUAUUCGUGGCUGGGAUCGGUAUCUGACCAACCAAAAAAACUCCAAUAGCAAAAACGAUAGAAGGAACCGGAAGUUUAAGGAAGCAGAGCGGCUCUUCAGUAAAUCCUCAGUUACUUCAGCAGCUGCAGUAAGUGCAUUGGCAGGAGUUCAGGACGAGCUCAUUGAAAAGAGGGAGCCAGGAAGUGGGACAGAAAAUGAUACUUCUCCAGACUUCCACAAUCAGGAAAAUGAGCCCAGCCAGGAGGACCCUGAGGAUCUGGAUGGAUCUGUGCAGGAAGUGAAACCUCAGAAGGCUGCUUCUUCUACUUCCUCAGGGAGUCAUCAUAGCAGCCAUAAAAAACGAAAGAAUAAAAACCGGCACAGGAUUGAUCUGAAGUUAAACAAAAAACCACGAGCUGAUUAUUAGAAGACUCAUUAGUGCAGAAGUGUCCAGGCUAUAGAGCCCUGCUUCCCUCCUCUGACCUCACAAAGAUAAACACCCCUCACCUGGCUGCGUGGCCAUCCAUCUCUGCUUUCCCAGACCCGGUGCCUGUGACUAUGAGUAGUUUGUUCUGAAAUGUGGUGACAAACAAGUCAUUUCUGUAAGACCAUAUCGGAGCAUUUACUUUGUGUCAUUUUCAGUAACAAUUGCAGGAAGACCCAAGACAUUGUUUUAAUUCCAGCAAGUUGCUAACUGUGCAUUUCUCCCUUCUUGGAACCAAUGUCUCCCCCGUCAAACUGGCUGGCACCAGCUUCAUCUGUGAUGCGCAUCGAGAAAUGUUCUCUAGGUUUGUUUUAUGCUGAAAAUAGAACAAGUCACAUUUCAGAGGGAGGCUGUAAAUAUCUGGCGUUUUCUUAUUUUGUUUGUGUUUUAUCAUUUUUCUAUGAUUGUUUUUACCAUCUUAUUUUCUUUUGGGACUUUUUGUAAUGCCAUUGUACAGCUCAUACCUUCCUGCUGACAUAUCUGAUAAUCUGUUUCGUGCAGUUGCCAAUAUUCUUAACUGAAAAUAAUUUGGUUUACCAUAAAUAAAAUGGGGACUUGGCUUUCUGUUUUUUUGCA